GGAGGAGGAGGAGGAGGAGGAGGAAUGAAGAGCUCUAUUUCCUUUGGUUUUCUCCUCAUCCUUGUUCUUCCCUUGAUUUUAGCCUCAGCCCAGGACGGAAAAUAUGAACGUGCGGCCUACCAUGAUAAUUACGAAGGAGCAGUCCAGAAAGAUCAAGAUUAUGAGGGCCAAUACCAAGAUCAAGAAAAGGGACCAGCUAAGUAUGAUAAAAAUUAUGAAAAAGAAAGAAUGCCAGCACAGAAUGAUCAACAUGACGACCAAGGAGAAGAAGAAGAUUAUCAUGGACCUUCAUUGGAGAUCCCAACACUGCUGGAUAACUUGCCUUCAGAUGAUCUGCUAUCUUUUGGAUACUAUAGCAAGAGCUGUCCUAAAGCUGAAUCCAUCAUUAAUAAACACGUGACCAAGUGGGUUGAAGAGGACCGAACCCUUGCUGCGAGUCUCCUGAGGUUGCACUUCCAUGACUGUGCCGUGCACGGUUGUGAUGGCUCCAUUCUGUUGAACCAUGAGGGAAGUGAGAGAAAAGCAGAGGCAAGCAAGUCUCUUAGGGGGUUUGAAGUAAUCGAUGCUAUCAAAGCUGAGAUGGAGAAAGAGUGCCCAAGAACUGUAUCGUGCGCUGACAUUCUUACCGCAGCCUCUAGAGAUGCUACCGUUCUUCUUGGCGGUCCAUACUGGGACGUGCCCUAUGGAAGGAAAGAUGGGAAAGUUUCUAAUGACAAGGAUGCUGAAUUGGUGCCAAUGGGCAGGGAAAACAUCACUACCCUGAUUGAAUUCUACCAAUCUAAUGGUUUGAAUGUCCUUGAUUUGGUGGCUCUCUCAGGGGCACAUACAAUUGGCAGGGCUACAUGCGGUUCACUACAAUAUAGGCUGUACAACUAUGCAGGAACCGGUAGACAAGAUGAAUCCCUUGAUUAUAGAUACGCGAACUUCUUGAAAAGAAAAUGCAGAUGGGCCUCUGAGUACGUUGAUCUAGAUGCUACAACCCCACGGACUUUUGACAAUGUUUACUACAAGAAUCUUCAAGACAAGAUGGGACUUCUGCACACAGAUCAAUCGCUGUAUUCUGAUUCAAGGACUUCUCCAAUUGUUGAUGCGUUGGCUGAUGCGCCUUCCGAUUUCUUCAGUCACCAGUUUGCAGUGUCGAUGACAAAGCUCGGCAAUAUUCUAGUCCCUGCAGUUCAAGACGGAGGUGAAAUUCGAACCAAAUGCUACUCAGUCAAUUCUAAUUAUUGAAAGACUUUGUUUGUGUAAUGUAAUUGUUUUCUGAGUUUAAUUUGUUCGUAAUUUCCAUGUUUUGUAUUUUUUUUUAA